AAACAAAAACCUUUGGUAACUCUAAGGACAACCUCACCUAGUCCUAGAUGCGUUCCCAGCAGAGAUUCGUACUCUUUGUCUUCCUACUAUUCCUCCAAUUCUGCAGCUCAAUCUCCACAUCAAAUCCACACCCUGAGUUCCCAUGCAAGCCACACCACCAUAACUCCUAUCCCUUCUGCAACACUUCCCUUCCCAUCACCACCAGAGCUCAGUCUCUCCUCGCUCUCCUCACACUCCCAGAAAAGAUCCAACAGCUCACAAACAACUUCACUGGCAUCAAAAGGCUCGGUAUACCCGCCUAUGAAUGGUGGUCUGAAUCACUCCAUGGUAUUGCCACAAAUGGCCCUGGAGUUUCCUUCUCUGGCACCAUACCUUCUGCCACUAACUUUCCUCAAGUCCUUGGCACAGUCGCUUCUUUCAAUAGAAGCCUUUGGUUCUCCAUUGGAUCGGCCAUUGCUGUUGAGGCUAGAGCGAUGUACAAUGUUGGUCAAGCUGGGUUGACAUUUUGGGCACCUACCAUCAAUAUUUUCAGGGACCCCAGAUGGGGGAGAGGCCAAGAGACACCAGGGGAAGACCCUAUGGUCGCUUCAGCUUAUGCUGUGGAGUUUGUGAGGGGCUUUCAAGGUGGGAAAUGGAAAGGUCAACGCAGAGAUGGGUCUGGAUGGAAAAGAGUGUUGAAAGGGGAUGAUGGGAGUGAAAGACUAAUGGUCUCUGCUUGUUGUAAGCAUUUCAAUGCUUAUGACUUAGAAAAGUGGCACAAUUUUAGUAGAUAUAGCUUCAAUGCUGUGGUUUCUAAGCAAGAUUUGGAGGACACUUAUCAGCCGCCAUUUCGUAGCUGCAUUCAACAAGGCAAAGCAAGCUGCUUAAUGUGUUCUUACAAUGCAAUUAAUGGAGUUCCUGCGUGUGCGCGAGGAGAUCUCCUACAAAAAGCUCGAUCUGAAUGGGACUUCAACGGAUAUAUCACCUCAGACUGUGAUGCUGUGGCCACAGUUUUUGAAUAUCAGAAUUACACAAAAACCGCAGAGGAUGCAGUUGCUGAUGUCCUAAAAGCAGGAACGGAUAUAAAUUGUGGAACAUACAUGCUCCGAAAUACAAAAUCUGCUAUUGAAAAAGGGAAGGUGAAGGAAGCAGACAUAGAUAGAGCUCUUCUCAAUCUUUUCUUGGUUCAACUCCGUCUUGGGCUGUUUGACGGAGACCCCAGGAAAGGGAAAUUUGGAAAGUUGGGACCUCAAGAUGUCUGUAACUCCAAGCAUAAGACACUGGCACUUGAAGCAGCAAGGCAGGGAAUUGUUCUUCUGAAAAAUGAUAAAAAGUUCCUGCCUUUAGAUAAAAAUGUUGUCAAUUCAAUAGCUGUUAUAGGUCCAAUGGCAAACAAUGCAAGCCUACUUGGCGGUGGCUACACCGGAAUUCCCUGCAACCCGAAGAGCCUUUCUGAGGGAUUUCAGGCAUACAUAAAGAAGACAUCUUAUGCAAAAGGUUGCUUUAAUGUAUCUUGUGAUCUUGAUAAUGGAUUUGAUGAAGCAGUUCGUACUGCCAAAGAAGCUGAUUUUGUUAUCAUAGUCGCUGGGCUGGAUUUGUCCCAAGAAACAGAAGAUCAUGACCGAGUUAGUCUGCUCUUGCCUGGUAAACAGAAGGCCCUUGUAUCCUCUGUGGCCGCUGCAAGUAAAAAACCUGUGAUUCUAGUUCUUACUGGUGGUGGACCCCUUGAUGUAUCAUUUGCGGAAGAAGAUCCAUGCAUUGCAAGCAUUCUUUGGAUUGGUUACCCUGGUGAAGCUGGAGGAAAAGCACUUGCAGAAGUCAUCUUUGGAGAUUAUAAUCCUGGUGGAAGACUACCAAUGACUUGGUAUCCUGAGGCAUUCACCAGCAUACCCAUGAAUGAUAUGAACUUGCGGGCUGAUCCUUCUCGUGAUUAUCCUGGAAGAACCUACAGAUUUUACACUGGAUAUAGUGUCUAUGGAUUUGGACAAGGCCUAAGCUACACCAAUUAUACCUACAAGUUCUUAUCAGCACCAAACAAAAUAAGUUUAUCGGGAUCUCUCAAGUCUGAUUCCAGCAAAAAUGUACUGCACAAGGUAGGAGAUGAACUUGGUUUUAUUCAAAUUGAUGAGGUGGAAUCUUGCAAUUCACUAAGAUUUUCUGUGCAAAUUUCUGUUAUGAACCUGGGUGAUAUGGAUGGAAGCCAUGUUGUGAUGUUGUUCUCUGAAGUGCCAAAAAAAUUUAAAGGCACUCCAGUUAAACAGCUAGUUGGAUUUAAUCGUGUGCAUACCUUGUCACAUGGAUCUACUAAAACAAGCAUCUUAGUAGAUCCUUGUCAACAUCUUAGCUUUGCAAAUGAUCAUGGAAAAAUGAUAUUGCCCUUGGGUAAGCAUAAACUAAUGUUGGGAGAUUUGGAACAUUUUAUUUCAAUUGAAACUAAUUGAGGCCUAUUAUAAUUCAAAAUUGCACCUGUUAUUGGAAAUAAGCAUCAAUCUUGUUAUUGAAGCAUGGACUUUAUUUUUGGGGGUGAGAAGCAUGACAAUAUUUGAAAGGAAAUAUGGUGUCAUUUGAUACACUUUCAGAUAACGAAGUUAAUAUUUCAUUGGCUUCCAGGUUC